CGGAGCUGCGUCUGCGUCUGCCGGCGCCGAGCUCGGGGCCCCGGGCUUGCCGGGCCGCGCUGGGUCCCCUCUCCUCAUGAGUGCCCUUGGCUCUCCCGCUCCUAGUAUCGCCAACCUCGUUUCGGAGGAACCGGUUCUAGUGCUAAAGACUCCAGACCUCUCCCAUACCUUUGCAAUUAAGUUGGGGGAAGUAGGCAGAGCGUUAUCAACGGAAAUCAGCAUACCACUGCAGGAAUUCCCAAGUUACUGUGACUGGGUCCAGGAUAAGCGGGUGGAGUUAUAAAUUACAGAAAACCUACCUGAAGCUGAGUGGUCUCCUUUGGGAACCAAGGGAAAGCUCUUCUUCCUGCUUGGCUUCUACCUUUAACCCGUGGGAAUAUCCCCUGAUACAUCGAAACUACAAUCCAGACCCAAGAGAGCAAGGCCAAGAAAAAGGUCAAGAUGGGGUUUAUAUUUUCAAAAUCUAUGAAUGAGAACAUGAAAAGCCAGCAGGAGUUCAUGCUUAUGAAUGCCCGACUUCAGCUGGAAAGGCAGCUAAUGAUGCAGAAUGAAAUGAGAGAAAGACAAAUGGCUAUGCAGAUUGCUUGGUCUCGGGAAUUCCUCAAAUAUUUUGGAACUUUUUUUGGCAUUGCAGCCGUCUCUUUAACAGCUGGAGCAAUUAAAAAGAAGAAGCCUGCCUUCCUCUUCCCUAUCGUUCCAUUAGGCUUUGUCCUUACCUACCAGUAUGACAUGGGCUACGGGACCCUUAUACAAAGAAUGAAAGGUGAAGCCGAGAACAUACUGGAAACAGAAAAGAGUAAGUUGCAGCUGCCAAAAGGAAUGAUCACUUUUGAAAACCUUGAAAAAGCAAGAAGGGAACAGAGUAAAUUCUUCAUAGACAAAUGAAAUCAUUUUUACCCACCAAAUCUCAAAAUACAGAAUUGUUGACUUGAAUCAUGGCCUUUACCAUUUUUUAAAUGCUUGAGAUUUUGAUAUAAUGGUUUUUAUUUUAAAAUAAUAAAAUUUAAGAUGAACUUUAUUAAAUUAUUUUAAAAUAAAAUGUAUAACAUUCAACACAAAAUCAUGGAGGUACUCUAAAUAACUUUCAGAUUUCCUCUGUAUGUGUGUGUAUCACAAACAUCUAGAUGUAAAAUUAAUAAACUAUAUUAUUUUGAAUUUCUGGAAGCAAAA